AUGGCUGGUCCCAGCAAGUCCCUGGUCCUUGACCCGGCCCUCCAGAAAUACUACGAACUCAACGCCAACCGCUACAAGUACUUCCGCUGGACCCCUCGCCAUGCCUGGUUGUCAUUUGUGUACAUGGGCCUAAUUCCUGGCGUUCUGGGCUACAUUACCUACAAGACAGAGGGCAAGUUCGAACUCCGUGGCAAGCGAAAGGGGGACACCAUCGCCGAGUGGUAG